AAUCUCUCUUCGUGCCGCCAUCAGCCCCCGGGCCCGGGCACCCUCCCCCAGCUGGCAGUUACUAAGCCCGGGAGACAGUUACCGGAAUCCGGAGCCUACUCUGAUCGUGGCUACUCUGAGCUGGGCACAGGCCGACAAUGCCCUGGCCCACACGGCGCUGCAGAGGACAGAUGUCGCGGGGCCCCAAGGCGCAAAUCCUUCUCCUUCGCCGUGGCGUACGUGCUGCUGAUCUUUGGCGGCCAGCGUGUCAUGAAGCAGCGGCGAGGGUACUACCUGCGCACGCCCCUGGUCCUGUGGUCGCUCAGCCUGGCCCUGUUCAGCAUCGUCGGCACCCUGAGGACCUGGGGGUACAUGGGCUUCGUCCUCUCCACCAGCGGCUUCAAGCGCUCGGUGUGUGACCAAGGCUUCUACAACGGCCCCGUCAGCAAGUUCUGGGCCUAUAUGUUUGUCCUCAGCAAAGUCCCGGAGCUGGGUGACACGGUGUUCAUCGUCCUCCGGAAGCAGCGGCUCCUCUUCCUGCACUGGUACCACCACGUCACGGUGCUGCUGUACGCCUGGUACGCCUACAAAGACAUGGUCGCCGGCGGCGGCUGGUUCAUGACCAUGAACUACAGCGUCCACGCCGUCAUGUACUCCUACUACACCGUGCGGGCGGCCGGCUGCCGGGUGCCCCGCCUCCUCGCCAUGGGGAUCACCGCCGCCCAGAUCCCGCCGAUGGGGUCUUUCCCUGCUGUCCAGCGCCAGGCCCAGCCCGAGGACCCACCAAGCCAUGCGAUGCCCCUCUGA